GUGUGGGUGUCAGUGAGCAGGCAGAGCAGCUCAGACGGCAGCAAGACUCCGCAGCUCCUCGUCGGCUCGCUCCUGUGUUUGCUGAAAGCGGUCCGAGCCGUGGAGCGUAGGCGUCAGGUGAAGGAGGAGGAGGAGGUGCGGCUGCGCCGGCGUCUCUGCAAGGAGGCGAGGGAGCAGCGCGCACAAUGGGAGCUGGAGAGCCGGGCGGCUGGUCUGCGACUGCCGGGUCAGAGGCUGAUGGAAGUUUUUCCUCUGGGAGGAACGGGGAAUGUGCUUCCUGUGAGGAACAUCUGGAGCGCUGAGAGGCUGGUGUGAGGAGCGCAGGAGGCGUAGGGGGGGGGGGGAUGUACCUGCUGGAGGGGAUGGAGAGGGGAACUCCUCAGAGGAAGACCGUCUACAGGAUCUCCCUCACGCUGGUGAAGAGGGAGAGCGUGGAUGAAGCUCGGGGGGAGGCCGAGGGCCCCCCGCCAGGCGCCUCCAGGAGGGAGGGCCCCGCGGAGCCGCAGAGGGCCGGCUUGUUGGAGCAGCUGAAGGAGGCGGAGGACGAGUCGGAGGAGCUGUGCGCGUCUCGCGGGUUCAGAAGGAGGUUCAGGACGUUCAGCACGGGUCAGCUGGAGCUGGGCCGGCUCAGGGUCUCCCGCCGGACCCCGAAGGAGGAGCCCGUCAAGACGGAGACCGCUGCUGCCAAGGUGAAGCGCUUGCUGAAGGCCAGGAGCGUGGAGGAGAGGAGCCCCCGCUCGGGGGCUAACGGGACCCCCGCCGCCCCCCUGAAGCCGGGCCUCCUGCAGCGCAGCUUCAGCUUCAGCUUCAGGAGCCGCAUCGGCGGGGAGCUGCUCCGUCUGCGGGCGCUCUCCAGGGACCGGCACCACAGCAGCUCCAGCUGCAUCGCCCCGGCCCCCGCCGAGCCCCCGGCCCCCCGGCUCCCCGACAGGGAGAAGAGCCGCACCCUGGAGGUGGGUGCCGUCCUCAGCCGGACCGACUCCCUGACGGAGCUGAGCCGCCAGGAGAGGGCCCGAGGAGCCAAGAACCGGACCCUGGACAACAGCGACCUCCUGCAGCUGGCCGCCGAGGGAGAGGGCUCCCUGCUGCGGGGGGGCGGGGGCCGCUCCAGCGAACGCCGCCUGGGGCGCAUCCUCAGCGGGAUCUUCUCCAGGAGGGACGGGGCGUCCAGUCCGGGGGGGAGCCCCGGCUUCGGGAGGUCCCUGCGGCGCAGCCGGAGGACGGCGGCGUCGCAGUCCAGCACGGAGAGCGUGAACGGAGGCGGCGCUGACGAUGCCUUCGUGAACAGCCAGGAGUGGACGCUCAGCCGGACGGUACCAGAACUGAAAGUGGGCAUUGUGGGUAAUCUUGCCAGCGGUAAGUCGGCGCUGGUCCACCGGUACCUGACGGGGACGUACGUCCAGGAAGAGUCUCCUGAAGCCGACGUGGACGCAGGAGGACGCUUCAAGAAGGAGAUCGUGGUGGACGGCCAGAGUCACCUGCUGCUCAUCAGAGACGAGGGAGGCCCCCCGGAGGCCCAGUUCGCUCUGUGGGUGGACGCCGUCAUCUUCGUCUUCAGCCUGGAGGACAAGGCCAGCUUCCAGACGGUGUCCCACUACUACAGCCGCCUGGCCGCCUACAGGAACACCGCCGACCUGCCGCUGGUUCUGGUCGGAACCCAAGACGCCAUCGGGCCGACCAACCCGCGGGUGAUCGACGACAGCCUCGCCAGGAAGCUCUCCAACGACCUGAAGCGCUGCACCUACUACGAGACCUGCGCCACCUACGGCCUCAACGUGGAGCGGGUCUUCCAGGACGUGGCCCAGAAGGUGGUGGCCGUCAGGAAGAAGCAGCAGCUCUCCAUCGGACCCUGCAAGUCGCUCCCCAACUCGCCGAGCCACACGUCCGUCUGCGCGGCGCCGCCAUCCGCCGUCCACGUGGGCCAGACGAGUAACGGCGGUGGCGGCGGCAGCCUGAGCGACUACUCGUCGUCGGUGCCGUCCACGCCCAGCACCAGCCAGAAGGAGCUGCGCAUCGACGCGCCGCAGGCCGCCAACACGCCCACGCCCGUCAGGAAGCAGUCCAAGCGCCGCUCCAACCUCUUCACCUCGAGGAAGGCCAGCGACCCGGACAAGGAGAAGAAGGGCCUGGAGAGCCGGGCCGACAGCAUCGGCAGCGGGCGGGCCAUCCCCAUCAAGCAGGGCAUGCUGAUGAAGAGGAGCGGCAAAUCCCUCAACAAGGAGUGGAAGAAGAAGUACGUGACGCUGUGUGACAACGGGCUGCUCACCUACCACCCCAGCCUCCACGACUACAUGCAGAACGUCCACGGGAAGGAGAUCGACCUGCUGAGGACCACGGUGAAGGUACCGGGCAAGAGGCCGCCCCGGGCCGUGUCCAGCGGCGCCGCCGGGCCCAGCACCAACGGCCUGGCCAAGGACAUGAGCAGCAUGCAGCUGGGCCAGAACCCAGGUUUGGUGUCCAGCAGCUCGGCGGCGUCUCAGAUGGCGAGCGGCGUCAGCCUGGUGUCCUUCAACAGCCGCGGCCCUGAGGGCAUGCACCAGCGCUCCUACUCCGUCUCCAGCGCCGACCAGUGGACCGAGGCCACCGUCAUCGCCAACUCCGGCGUCAGCUCAGACACGGGUCUGGGCGACUCGGUCUGCUCCAGCCCCAGCAUCUCCAGCACCACCAGUCCCAAGAUGGAGCCGCCUCCGUCGCCGCACGCCAACCGCAAGAAGCACCGGCGGAAGAAGAGCACCAGCAACUUCAAAGCGGACGGCCUCUCUGGUACUGCAGAAGAGCAAGAGGAGAACUUUGAGUUCACCAUCGUGUCGCUGACGGGCCAGACGUGGAACUUCGAGGCCACGUCGUACGAAGAGCGGGACGCCUGGGUGCAGGUCAUCGAGAGCCAGAUCCUGGCCAGCCUGCAGUCCUGCGAGAGCAGCAAGAACAAGUCUCGGCUGACCAGCCAGUCAGAGGCGCUGGCCCUGCAGUCCAUCCGGAGCAUCCGGGGCAACGGCCGCUGUGCCGACUGCGACGUCCAGAACCCGGACUGGGCCAGCCUGAACCUGGGCGCUCUGAUCUGCAUCGAGUGCUCGGGCAUCCACCGCAACCUGGGCACCCACCUGUCCAGGGUGCGCUCUCUGGACCUGGACGAGUGGCCGCUGGAGCUCAUCAAGGUGAUGUCGGCCAUCGGCAACGAGCUCGCCAACGGCGUGUGGGAGGCCAACGCCCAGGGACGCCUCAAACCGGGGCCCGACGCCAGCAGGGAGGAGCGGGAGCGUUGGAUCCGGGCGAAGUACGAGCAGCGGCUGUUCCUGGCCUCGCUGCCCUGCGCAGACCUCCCUCUGGGCCAGCAGCUGCUGAGAGCCACGGCCGAGGAGGACCUGCGCGCCGUCGUGCUGCUGCUCGCCCACGGCUCCCGGCAGCAGGUCAACGAGACGUACGGGGACGGCUGCACCGCGCUGCACCUGGCCGGCCACAAGGGCAACGUGGUCCUGCUGCAGCUCCUGAUCUGGUACGGCGUGGACCCCACGGCGAGGGACGCCCACGGGAACAGCGCCAUGGCGUACGCCCGGCAGUCGAGCAGCCAGGAGUGCGUGGACGUCCUGGCGCAGUACGGCUGCACCGACGAGCGCUACCCCCUCAUGGCCACGCCCAACCUGUCGCGCCGCAACACCAACCGCAACAACAGCUGCAGCAGCCUGGGCAGCGCCGCCCUCAUAUGACCCGGACACUUCCUGGGUCGCUCUACCCUAAACGCAACCCAAACCCCCCCAAAAAAAAAACUACCCCCCGCCCCCGUUUGGGAGAAAUCUGCCCCCCCGGGAACCACUACAUGUUGAGACGCUAAGCCACGCCCCUCAUCCGCCAAACCGCUGCCGCCACGUCGGCGACGCUGCUUCUGAUGGGAGAACCAUGGGCAGUAGGGGGGGAAACCCCCAAAGCAUGUUGGGAAAUGUGGUCCACAGUCAUUAAAGCUUCUUGACAGUUCGGCGUCACGGUCAGAAUUCGGAGCGGUUCUGAGCUGGUCAGGACGCGGGAGGUCUCAGACACUUUGUUUAAUUUAACGCGCUUUUCCGCCAUUGUGUAUAUAAACCUCACUGUGCAUUGCUGGACCAAUGGUUAAACGCGUCGUCGUGGGAGGAUUUCCUUGUUUUCGCUUGAUGACGUUCGGGUGUAUAAAGUCAUAAAAUGUACAGAAGCUCUUCCAGGCUCAGGGACCGGAGACUCUCCAUCGUCGCCCUCCAUCGUCGUUUUUUUUUCCCAGCGAGUCCUUUUUUUUCCUUUUAACUUCAGUAUUUAUAAAUGAAGACCCUAACCAUUAUAUCCUCCAGCAUUCUUACUUUUUAUUCUAUCGUUAUUCCAACGUAAAAAAAAACACAAAGACAAAGGGAGCUACAAGAAGGGCUUUUUUCUUUCUUCUUCUUCUUCUUCUCUGCUCUGAAAACCUCCUCCUGUAAAUAACCCGCCUCCCCGUUUCCUUUAGCGAUCGUGUCGUGUAGCCGAGCGAGGCAGGAAGUGCGUUCAGUACGCCGGGCGGCACAGUGGAAGUGCUUUAUCGUAUCGUGUGGUUUGGUUAGAGGGGGAACUAGUGUAGGUGGUCAAACCGGCGGUUCUCUGCGUCUUCGUGGACUUUAGGGGCCGUUUUAAUUAGUUCAGCCGAAGACGAGGAACUUUGUGUCUGAACGACUACGGCUCUUUAGCUUCUGUCCAGGUUGAUGUCUAACCGGGUAAAGAUGAAGCUGUGACGAAGUUAAAGCUUCGGAACAUCUCGCCUGCGUUCACAGGCCCAAUCUAAGGCGUCUUCGCAUCAAGACGUUAAUUUAACGCCCCUACCUUCAUGUCCGUGGUGGUCUGACGACGUUGAACCGCCGGUUUGACCUCCCGCUUAUUGUCGGGUGUGGUAAACUCACCUGCCCCCCUACCCGGGUCACGAAGCUCGUUUUUUUAGACGUGUGACUGGAGAUGAGUCGACUGAAAGUGGAGAGAGUCUCAGGAAGGACGCUGCCAUCUUUUCUCUCUUUAAUCUAGAACUCUUAAGGUAGACGGUCUCAGCUGGGCAACGUACAUGGCUCACUGUGUCGUGGUCGCUUUGUUGACUCUGAAGUUAUUCUCCUAGAAACACUCUGUCUGUCUGUAGGAAUAUAAGCUCUAAAACUUAACCUAAAUGUCAGUUUUCUCCUCAUGCCUUUUCGUUUUGCACGCCUGCCUUUAUGUUCCCAGGUUUUGUCACUUUCACUUCCCUACAUGUCAGUAUGUCGUCAAGUCUGGACUGAACAACAUUUUAUUUCUGAAGUACGUUUUUUUCUGACUCGUCUCUGUAGCCGGACAGCUUGACCUAGCGAGAACGAUUUGUUUCUGACAGAAAUGCACUAAAUUUAAUUGUGUUUGUCCGUCUUUACUACGACUCUUUUUCUGAUACGACUUUGGCAUUUCUUUAUUUAUCCGGAUGUUUAUUUAAGCUCGCGGCUAAAUUGUUGACGCCGACUUCAGCCAGUGAAGCAAAGGCUUGGUUUAAAGGGAGAUUUCCAAUAAAUCUGCACUUAUUCUGGUCAGUGCAAAGUACAAAAAUCAGUUUAAAUUCUGAGUUUAUAUGUGAUGUAAAGCAACCCGCCCAGAAUGUUUAUUUAAGCUCAUAGGAGCAAGAAAGUUUGCGUCAACAAACAGCUAUUUAAGGAUGUCGUUGAUUUCUAGUUUACGUAAUCCAAGAUCUAUUCUGUGUUAUCUGGUGUUUAUUUUUUGUGACUUCACUUCUGAAAGUUUUUGAAAUAUCGUAACGAUAAACAGUUUAGUCGGAGGAAAAAAAAAAAGUUGUUUAAGUUUACAGGCAAAAGCAGAUGGCUGACGUCUGUUUUUCUGCUUUAAAAAGGGAAAUAACGCUAACUCCCACCGCCGUUCUCAGUUAGCUGGAUGUGGCGAACAGCAAAAAAAAGUCAUUUGUUCUAUUAACAAAAUGUUUAUCUCACUCAAUCAAUGGGCUCAUUUUCCUUUAGACUAAAAAUAAAAAGUUCUAAAUUGGAGAUUAAAGCACCUUGGGAUGACGUUGAUGCUGAUUAGCUAGUUAGCGUCACAUCGCUAACGAAUAGCUAGCAUACAUUUUUCACCAUUAAAUCAUUAAACAUCUGGCAAAUCUAUAACAUUCAGCAUCUAAAUUUAACUAUUGCCAUAAUAUCCCUGGUUAGCCAUUUUAAAACUUAAAGGUUUUUAAAUGGGAGUCGCGUAAAAAGGAGCAGCUACCACUGGGUUAGGUAUAGCUAGCUAAAAACUGCUUAGUCAUUCUGACAGCAUCUUUUUACAGAUAACAUUUAGCAACAGUAUCAGAUUAAACAUUGUCCAAUUUUAAUUGUUAGCAUUUCAAGUAAUUUUCCUAGCUAGCUUUUGGCUGAAAGUUAGCUUUAUUAACGGCCUUUUUUCAAUUUGAAUAAAAAUUGUAAUAAUUUAGUCUUGUUCUGAAAUGAUGCUAAAAUGUUAAAAUUCACACGGUUUGAGAACAAGUCCCCAUCGCAUAAUUAGGCUAACAAGCAAAAUCAAUAAAUGUGUUAUUUCUAUUGGUUUCUGGCUCAUACUGAGGGUUUCAACAAAGAAAAUGUUGAAUAUUAAAUGUAAUAAUUAAGGAAAUCAAAAUGUUUGACAGCUAGCAUAUAAGAGGUUCAGCUUUCAUGUGGCCCGUAUAAACCCGCUCUCCUUCCUCUUCAGAUUUGGGCUAAAAAUUGUAAAAAUGCUUGAAGUGUUGGGCUCCUGGAAGGCAGCCGCAGCGUUACGACGUGUAGAUAAAUAGCGGCCUUCUCUGUGGAAUUAUAAACCUGUAGAAACGUUUGUGUGCGUAGAUUUAAAAUAUCCGAAGAGGUGUUUGCUCGUCCCAUCCACCCUGGAUGUCCGUCGUAUUUCUCAACGCUCCCAGAGGGAAAAACCUUCUACCUUUUUGUACGUUUUUUCCCCAAAUUCCAUCCUCUUUUUAUUCAUGCUAUCCUCUUUAUCAUCCAGAUGCAUUAUUGUUCUUGUUGUCACUGUUAUUCUAAUUAUUAUUAUUAUUAUUAUUGAAUUUUGUUUGUUGUACAGUACCGAUGUUGAAAAAAUUCUACCUAAUGCAGAAUCUUCUACUGUAAUUUGUCUCUUUUCAAUAAAGACAAGAAAAACUGCUUCUUAAUAUAAACUCGA